AGACUUUGUUCAAUCAUAGAUGGCAAUCUAAAUUAGAAGAGCAUUGAGAAAGUGUUAAGUCUCAUUGACCAGACAGUCUUUUCUGGUUCAACGUUGGCUUUCAUUUUUUAGCUUUUUUUUGUUCUUUUUCAGCAUUUCAUCAUAAAUUUGGAUUGGUGCCUCGAAAUGGCGCCAAGUUUAUCGUCAGCCUUUUAAUUAAUCUCAUUGGUGUGUCGUUGCGACUAUUUUCACUGUUACACUUUAAGCCUGAAAGCUCCACCUCACCUAACCCUCGAUUGGGUUUAUAGUCGUACAAGGCGUGACUCUGUUUUAUACGCACUCGUAUUGCAAGUGUUUUGGGUUAAGGUUUUCAUGCUGCUCUUGAGUGAUGCUUGAGUUGAUGGUUUGAUGUUGAGAGUUGAUUAUUGUGAGCAACAAGAAGCUGUUUAAGUCAUCUUUUUUUUCAUCGUUUUUCUUCUCAUGGGCUUGUUAAUAACAUUAUCAUCAUGAAGAUGGUUUCUUGUGAAGGUUGUGGUCAGCCCAUUAAAGACCGCUUCUUGGACAAAAUAUUGGACCGUGCUUGGCACACUUAUUGUGUCGUGUGUUUUGACUGUAAAAGUGAAUUGACUGAAAAAUGUUACUCUCGUGAAGGCAAAUUGUUCUGCAAGCAAGAUUUCUUCAAACGAUUUGGUAAAAAAUGCGCCCGAUGUUCACAAGCAAUAUUCCCUGAAGAUUAUGUUCGCUGGGCUCGCAACAGUGUUUACCACAUUCGCUGUUUUACAUGUGUUGAUUGUCACAAGGAAUUGUUAACAGGAGAUGAACUUUACAUCAUCAAUGAAGAUCAACUAUUUUGCAAGAGAGAUUAUCUAGCAUCAAGUCAACAAAGCCACGUGAAAGAUGAGUUAAUGCAACCAGAAUUAAGCAUGAGUCCACCUGAUAGUAUGAGCUUGAAUCAAAGCGAUCUUAGCAUGAACCAGAGUGACCUGUCCACUUUACCCUCAUCGACAACGGACCAUUUAACGGGUUCCGUUCUUCCAACUGGAGACCUUACAACUGUAGUUUCACCUGCAGAUUCUUUACCUGAAUCUGUUGGACAUCGUCGUGUUUCCGUUGUGCGACCAACUUCAGGCCAUAAGCAAAGUUCAUCUGAACACAAACCAACAAGAGUGAGAACAGUUUUAAAUGAAAAACAAUUGACAACCUUAAGGAGCUGUUAUAAUGCCAAUCCUCGACCAGAUGCUCUACUCAAGGAACGCCUUGUUGAAAUGACUGGACUUUCUCCUCGUGUGAUACGAGUUUGGUUUCAAAAUAAACGCUGUAAAGAUAAGAAGAAACAAAUCAUGAUGAAACAAAUUCAACAACAAGAAAAGGAUGGAAGGCAAUUACAGAGCAUUGCUAACAUGCAAGGUGUCCCAUUGGUAGCAACCAGUCCAGUACAACAUGAGAUUCCUCAUCCAAUCGAAGUCCAAAGUUAUCAUCCGCCCUGGAAAACAUUAGUCGACUACAAGCAAAUACAAAGCGAUUGUGAUCAAGAUGAUCCUCAUUUAGGACAACAUAUUGACGUUAAUUAUCAUUGUCCUCUUCAUGUAUAACAUUCAGGCUCAACAAAGUUUUUAUUUUUUACACCUUAUUCAACGAUUUGUUCCCAUCUUUUCACCACCGCCGUCACCAUCAUUUCCACCAUUUUCUUCUUUUCCCAUUUUCUCCUCUUCUCUUUCACUCUCUUCACCUCUCUUGCCCAUCUUUCAUCAUCAUCAUCAUCUAUACUAUUAGAUGGUGAUGCCAAGAUUCAGUGAAAACCUACUCUAUAGGCUUGAAAUCCACUCCAUAUCUCACCUUGCCUAUAUAAGAAUCUUCCUUGUUUCUUCCUUUUCUUUCCCCUUUUCUUCUCUUCUUCCUCUUCUUAUUUUUCAUCUUCUUUUUUCUUCUUCUUCUUCUUCUUCUCUUUUCUGACUCUUUAUUUUCAUCUUUUUCAAUCCACAUCAUCUUUUUCCUUUCCUCAUCUUCUUAUUUCAACAUAAAUAUUUCAUCCUCAAUGUGAACAACUCAUCAUGCAAUUUCUCAUCCUCAUGCUUCUCUUUCUCUCUCCAUCUCUUGUUCCUUACCUUUCUUGCCCUCUUCAAAGAUGUAAGAGAAGAUGUAACAAUUAAUAAAACUCUAAAUCAAUUGAAA